AUGGAUGCAUUUCUAGGUUCUGAUGAAGAUGAUGAUGACAAUGGCCCUAUAGAUAUUGUGGAACUUCCUCCAGAACGAGUUGAUGAAGUACCAGACAACGAAGAUAUUGAUGACAACAUUAUUGAUGAUGAUGAACCGGCAGAUGUUCCUGGACCUGUUGAAAUUCAUUGCGCAGCAAGGGAGGAUGAUCAUGUUACAGUGGCCAUCCGUCACCAUCAACAAGCACCGCUACAAAUGAUACAGGCCUACCACCUUCCAAAAGGAGAGUGGAGGGAAAGCCCUCUGCAGUGUUUUGAGAAGCUAUUUGAUGACACAAUUAUCACAGAUAUUGUCCGGCAGACUGUAACGUACGCUACACAAAAAAAAAACGUCCAUCAAUUUUCCCUUUCAAGUGAUUGUAUUAGAAAGUUUAUUGACAUUCUUCUCUUCACUGGGUACCACUCUCUUCCUCAAGAACAAUUGUACUGGUGUGAAGAUGAAGAUAUGGAUGUUCAAAGUGUAAGAAAAUGUAUGAGUCGAAACAGAUAUCUGGAAAUAAAGCGCUACCUCCAUGUUACUGACAAUUCUGAUCUAGAAGGGAUCCCAGAAAAUGAAAGGGACAAGCUCUUCAAGAUUCGCCCAUUGAUUGACAAACUAAACAAAAACUUUCAGCAAUUUGGUGUCUUCUCUGAAAGUUUGAGCAUUGAUGAACAAAUGGUCAGAUAUUUCGGACACCAUCACCUCAAGCAGUUUAUGCAUGGUAAGCCUGUAAGAUUUGGAUUCAAACAAUGGCCGAUUUGCUGCUCACAAACAGGCUAUUGUUACCAGAUGCAAGUGUACGAAGGCAAGACUACAGGCAGUAAUGAUGAUGCAGGCGUUUCUGGACUUGGGGCAUCUGUUGUCUUGAAAAUGAUUUCGAUUUUAGAGACACCAUAUGCUCACAAAAUUUAUUUUGACAGUUUCUUUACCGGAUUCUCCUUGAUGAGAUAUUUGAAAGUUAUUGAUGUCAGGGCAACAGGGACUGCUCGAUUCAACAGAAUGAACAAGUGCCCUAUUGCACCUGACAAGGAAAUGAAGAAAAAAGAAAGAGGUACAUGCGACUACAGAUUUGAUUCUGAGAAUGAAAUUUUGGGUGUGAUUUGGAAUGACAGCAGCUGUGUAAAGCUACUAAGCAACCAUGGACCCAUUGAUCCUAUGUCACAGGUGAAGCGAUGCAGCAGGGAAAACAAGAGAGAGAUACAAGUCCCCCAACCCAAAUUGAUCACAGAAUAUAACAGACACAUGGGUGGGGUUGAUAAGAUGGAUUGGAACGUCCAAAAAUACAGAAUCAAAGUCGGGGGAAAAAGUGGUAUUUCCCUUUGCUGA